CAAGACCUGUAAUUAUCCAACCAUCUUCUUUCCAGGCAAGAUGCUCGCAGUCUUCUUGCACCAAAGUCUUGCUUCAUUAAUGCUAGAGGAAGUUUCUCAUUGUCUAAUUGGGCGGAGGAUAAGACCUCUCACAAUGUCUCAUCUCCAAAACUUGAACAUACACUAUGUUUCCAUCUCUUUACUUCUUCUGUUUGGUUGGGUUUCUCGUGUUGGAUGGCUUGUGCUCAACGCCUCAGACUAAUGAAACCCACCUGAGAUGUUCCGGGGACCACCCAAAAAGAGCAGUGAAGAUGGGAGUUAUUGCUGAUAAUAGCUCAAGAGUGGGGAGGGAACAGAUUGUAGCCAUUCACAUGGCUUUCAAGCAAAAUCCUCAUUUUUCUAAUUCAUGUCACAAGGUUGAGCUCCUCCUCCAGGAUUCGCCCGACAACUCCGCUCAGGCUGUCGCUACCGCUUUAAAUCUAAUUACACACAAAAGAGUGAAAGCCAUGUUUGGAACAUUGACAAGGGAGGAAGUAUCUGCAAUCUUUGAGCUCCACAAAGCCUCCAAGAAUAUCCCUAUCAUAUCGUUAUCUUCAGCCUCCAUAGUACCACCACCGACGAAGCAGAUUCCGACGUCAUUUCUUCAAAUGGCUAACGAUAUCACCCACCAAAUGCGGUGCCUUGCAGCCAUUGUUGGUGAAUUCCGAUGGCAGAGAGUCACUGCGCUCUACGAAGAUCGAAACGACGACUUUACGACCAAUAACAUGGCAAUUCUAAAACUCCUAUCUGAUUCCCUACGAGAUGUGAACUCAGAGAUUGAAAAUCACAUUGCUUUCUCUUUAUCAGAUCCUAAGCAAAUCACCGAAGAGAAGCUUAUGAACCUCAGCAGUAACAGCAACAGGGUUUACGUUUUGGUGCAAUCUUCAGUGGAGUUGGCCACUCUUCUCUUCAAAAAAGCAAAAGAAUUGAAUAUGAUGACAAAAGGGUACGUUUGGAUUGUUGGGGAUGAGAUGGCCAACCUUCUUGAUUCUUUAGAUUCCUCUGAUUUCCAUUACUUGCAAGGUGUUAUUGGGUGUAAGAUUUACUUUGAUGAAAGAACACCCUGUUUCAAGAAAUUCAAAACCAAAUUCCGGAGGGAUUAUUUGUCUGAAUUCCCAAAAGACGAAGGAGAAGGUGACCCAAGUAUCUUCGCAGUUCGAGCUUAUGAUGCAUAUAGGGCAAUUGCCUCCAGCAUGGAUGAGUUGCAAGGAAAUCAGUGGCCGCAAAAAGUUGUGGAAAGCAACUUCGAAGGCUUGAGUGGGUCGGUUGGGUUUAAGAAUGGCAUAUUGUCACAUGUACCCACUUUUCAGAUCAUUAACGUAUUUGGAAAAAGCUAUAAAGAGAUUGCAUUUUGGUCAACCAGGUUUGGAUUUUCUGACAUGUUAAAUCAACAAACAAACAUUCCAAAUGACGCCGUCAAUUUAUCCACCUUAGUCCUCUGGCCAGGUAAUGCAAGAAGGGUUCGAAAGGGUUGGGAUAUUAUGUCCCCAAAGAAACCAUUAAGGAUUGGGGUUCCAACAACAGCUGCCUUUCAAGAAUUUGUGCGAGUGGAUCACAAUCAUCAUAUCUCCGGCUUCUCCAUUAACGUGUUUCAAAAAGUUGCAGAAAAUUUAAAGCUACUCUACGAGUUCGUCCCUCGCAAUAUAUCUUAUGAUGAUUUGUUGAGAGAAGUCAACAAGAAGGAGUUUGAUGGGGCAGUGGGAGAUUUUGGGAUAUUUGCGGAUCGAUUUAAGUACGUGGAUUUUUCAGAACCAUAUUUGGAAAAUUCAGUGGUGAUGAUAGUGAAGGAGAAGCCAUUGAAGUGGACUCGAAUAUGGCUUUUCAUGAGAGCUUUCACUGCACCAAUGUGGCUGCUCAUGCUCUCCAUGCAUAUAUUUGUGAGCUCUGCAAUUUGGCUGGUUGAGCGUAAACAUAACGAUGCGUUGAAGGGAAUUGGCAGCAUGUUAUGGUUCUCGGUAUCACUCAUUUUUUACUUGCAUAGGGAACCUGUAAAGAGUGGAUUGGCUCGACUAGUGCUAGGGCCAUGGCUAUUCACCAUCCUUAUUGUGACAGCAAGUUUCACGGCCAGUCUGUCGUCCAUGAUGACAAUCUCGAGGUCCCAGCCAUAUUUUGACAUUGAAACCCUUAAGCUCCAAAAUGCGACAGUGGGGUGCAACAAAGGGUCUGUCAUGAAGAGAGCUCUAUCAGAAGUGAUGCAGUUUCACGUAGAGAAUAUCAAAGAGAUACCUUCAGUGGAUCUGUUCCCAAAUGCCUUGGAAUCUGGAGACAUUCAGGCAGCUUUCAUGUCGGCACCCCAUGCAAAAGUCUUCCUCGCAAAACACUGCAAAGGUUACACUAAAGUCACCAUCUUCAAGCUCGUCGGCAUGGGAUUCGCUUUUCCAAAAGGGUCUCCGUUGACGGUGGACGUAUCAGCGUCAAUCGCGGAGCUGAUUGAAAGAAGGGAAAUACCGGAUUUGAAAACGACGUUGCUUUCUACCUUCAACUGCUCCUCAAACUACGAUGAUCCAGAUGGGCCGGGUUUAGGACCCGAACCUUUUGUCGGUUUGCUUCUCAUUUCCUGCCUUAUAGCUUCCAUGGCUGUUCUAAUCACUGUUUGUCGUCUUGUAUUCUUCAACCCCACUCCAACCAAACCUCAUAUUCCCAUUUAGAUUGUACAUUAAAACCCUAU